AAGCCAUCUCUCAGUCAGAGACCAACAAGCUCCUCGGAAAACAAGAGCUCACUUCUUCCUCCAGAAAUUUCUAUAAUUUUAAACAUCUCCAAAUUUACGCCGAGCUCACAUUCAGAAAAGAAGAGCAGAACGCUCCAAGUUAAGAAAGCUGGAGGAAUUGAACAUCGCUUGAAUAAAGCAGGAUUCCAAGAAGAAAAGAUUUUCCUCCCGAACUGACUGCAUCCCGAACACACGCCAAAUUUUAAGAAGGAGUCGUCUUUGAGAACGGGUUGAUAGCGGGGAUACUUCCGACAUGUUGCCGUUGAACGGGAUGCAGGUCAGCCAGAAAAUGAGCAAAGGCCAGAAAUCGCUCGUCCCCACAACCCAGAAAGGGGACCGUUUUCAAAAGAAAGGACAACUUCCUCCUCAGAAGACUAACUCCGUCCAAGUAGCAUGUGCCAAUAACCACGAGCAGUCACCCUCAGCCAACAGCAGAUCAUCAAACGCCAAGAAAUUACCACAACUUAUUGGCAAUAAGAAAAUCUUCCCAUGCAAAAUCUGCCUUCGUCCAUUCACCUGCAAAACCAGUGCUGCUCACCACGCCCGCACCCACUUCAACCCCCACGAGCUGGAGCGGACCUCACUUUUCCAUGAGAAAUGCCCCCACUGCGCAAAAGUGUUCUUCAUGCGUCACCACUUAACCGACCAUCUCUUCGUCCACAUGAGCGGAGAGGAGCGCGCGGAGGUGCGUCAGGGCUGGCGACACGUCUGCUACUUUUGCACAAAACGAUUCCAAAGCCCAUCCGAUCUUAGUCGUCAUCUUCUGACCCACACCAAGGAAAAGAUUGGCGGCAGGUGUCCCACUUGUCGAAAAACGUUCUCCUCCAAAGAAACCCUGACCCAGCAUCGUUUCCUCCACCUCAGCCAAGACGAGAAGGUCGCCCUCGUGGAGCAGCGUGUAAGUCGCGUCAGCUUAUUUUGCCACAAAAUUUUCCCCAAUAACCGCACUUAUCAUGAGCACCUGGUCACCCACACGAAGGAGAAACCCUUUCCCUGCGACCAGUGCGUGGAGCAGGUCAGUUUGAAGAGUAACUUAAACAAGCACGCGCGCAUUCACAGCGCGGAUCCGCGACCCUUCAAGUGCACUGAAUGCGAUCAAGCCUUGACUACAAAAGACUCCCUUGUAGUCCACAAGAAGACGGUUCACCGGAAUGUGAAGGACUUCGCGUGCCACCAGUGCGGCAAUAAGUUCGGCACGAAGAGUCACAUGGUGCGACAUCUGAGCAGUAUUCAUGCCAAAAUCCGGCUCCCUUGCCCCCACUGCGGUCACACAUUCACGCAGAAAUCCAGUCUUGUGAGGCUCAGGAAGCUUCACCCCUCCGAAUAAUAAAGUUCUUCGUCCCCCUACUGACCCCUCAUCAAAUUGCGACAUGUUUCCCAUACUUUUUCAAUGAUUUUUAUAACUUUUCCGGUUUCGCUAUUUACGACACGAUAAAUAUUCUUAUACGAUUCAUAAAAAUGGCAUUAUUGAAGUAUCAAGUUGUAAACAUGACCUAAUUUUUGUUACCGUUUUGACCAUGAUGAUUUUUAUGUAGUAAAGUCAUUAUCUUUUAGUAUAAAA